UAAAAUUUUUAAUAAAUCGAAAAAUUGUUCCGUUCUGGUUUUCGAGAAUGAUUUGAUCAUACGAAUUGUCGUUCAGCAAGAGUGUCAAUGACUCACGACACUAUGAGAUCGAGGUAUAUUACCAUCCUGAUUUGAAUUUUACUGAACUGUUGUAUCCAGGACGUUCUUAUAAUCGAAUCAAGGAAAAAGGGAAUGGAAAUAAAAUAUUAAAACGAUAAAUUCGUCAGCCGUGAAAAUUCUGAUGAUUUUCUUUUGAUCUGAUGACGAAGCUGGAUUAUUCCACAUGCCAUUCGAACAUAAGUCAACAACGAAACUUAAUUGCUUAUUCACUGCUAAGGAUCAUCGUUGGAAAAAUACGUCGAAAACGCCCUGGACGAUUUUUAAACGAUUCCCCUGGAACGCUGCUCCAAAUUGAACGACGCCAAAACAAAGGAAAUGACGAUGUUAAAUCUUGGACGAUAAUGGAAUUCGAACAAAGGCCAGGAGGUCGAUCGACGAGGUCCGUACUUGGCAUUUCUUUAAGCAGUUCUUUUCCGGCCUCCCAGAAGCGCGUUUCGUGCCACAGAAACAGGAUGUCGGGCGAGAAGAAACCAGCGAAGAAGCAAGAAAUGAAAUGGGGGGCCGUUUUGUGGUACAUUCAUCUGCACGUUCUCGGAGUGUACGCCAUCUGGUUGCUGUUCACGUCUGCAAAGUGGAUGACGGUGUUCUAUACGUUGUUCAUAACGGCUCUUGGUUGUCUGGGAGUGACAGCUGGGGCCCACAGAUUGUGGGCUCACAGGUCGUACGAAGCUGAGGGGAAGCUUAGGCUCUUUCUCAUGCUGGCUCACACCCUCGCAGGAGUGGGCCCGAUACAUGACUGGGUGUUGUAUCACAGGCUUCAUCACAAGCAUUACGGAACCGACAAAGAUCCUUACAACCAUAACAAGGGCUUUUUCUACAGUCAUUACAUAAGCAAUGUCGCCACGCCGAAUAUGGACCUCGAAGAGAUGAACCAAGAAGUGGACAUGCGCGAUAUCCAGUUAGAUCGCUACGUCUGGUUGCAGAAGAAGUUCUAUUGGCCGAUAUUUAUAAUAUUCGGCUUAAUACUACCACUGAACGCGCCUUUGGAGUACUGGGACGAGUCGAUGACCGAGACCAUACUAAUCGCAGGACUAUUGCGGUUUGCCAUCACGGCGAACGCGUCCUGGCUGGUGAACAGUGCACGCCUGGUCUGGAGCUUGCAACAGCAAAAGACUUCUAAGGAGGACAUCAGUGUUUUCUUCUUGUCAAAAUCCAAUUGGCCUGCGUAUCACUACAUGAUCCCAUGGGACUGGCAAACCGGCGAGUUUGGCACCUACCGAGCCGGCUGCACCACGUUCUUCAUCAAGAUGUGGUACGAGCUUGGUCUGGUCACCCUUCUGCUGACGGUUGACACCGAGGAUGUGAGGAACAUGCUUCACGGACUGAGCCAGAAGAAAAUGCCACUCGAUAGUUCCCUCGAGAAGCUGAAAGAGAAAUCCAUGUACAAUGCGAGGAAGAACAAAUUAUUGCCUGCAUUGUGAAUUGAAAAUGCAAGGCUGUUAGACCUGUCGUGGCUCAGAAUGGCCUUCGAUGCUGGUCCCCAUUGAACGAUUCUGUCAUUAAGCUUCUUUCCAGGUGAUUCUGAGUGUCGACAAGUCGUUUAGGAUGUUACUCGUUGAUGAAUGUGAACCUCUGUUGUGUUCUGAUAAUAAUAAUUAUUUGGUCGUUUCAUAAUCACGCUGAGUUGCAUCGAUCAUAGUAAUUUCGGACACAGAGCAGAAACGUGUAUCUGUAGUUGAGAAAAUCUCCAUUUUAAUUCGAGACUUGGGAAGUAAUAUCGUCGUGAAUAGACUGAUUGGUACCAGAAGAAAGAUAUAGCAGUGUUACGCAAGAGUGUAGUGAUGUGUAUUGCGCGUUCGAGAGAAGAAGGCACAGUCUUUAUAUCCUUACGAGUAAUUAACUCCGUUGAUUCUUCUUUGAUCAGAGAAAAAGGUGAUCGAUGAUCUUCGUCAUCAUCUUCCAUCAAUAGCAUUCACUGUUUAUGAUGAUGGGAGUGUCAGUGGAGGAUAUAAACACUCUGUGCCUUCUUGCAUUAUAGAUAAAAUAAGGCUAAUAAAAUUCGCAAUUGUUAUUAUUCUUAUUAAUUUUUAUGAAUUAAGAUAAGGGAAGAAACGAGACUCGAGUAUUAUCUCGAGACUGAUGUUCAAGUAUAACUACCGAUUACAAUGAUAUCAAAUGAAAUCACUUCUCUUGGUUCUGGUAACAAAACAGCAUAUAUUUGUCUCUUAAAACCUAGUAACAUCAUACUCUUGUUCGAAGCUAAGGUUACAUCUUAAAGUUAAUAUCAGAGAAUUCGUCGUAGAGUUUACGUUCGUGAAUGGAGAUGUUUGUACGUCUUGGAUAAAACUCGUGUGUAAUUACAAUAGUGUCCUGAUAGUGGACGCGGGUCGCCGCCAUAUUGUCUACUGACGAGAAAUGGUAUGGUUUCUUAGGUAUUGGCAUUGCUUUAUUUUUCCUGUUUGCUUCGUUACUAUUCGAUAGAAAUGGAUGAUAGUAAACUAAACUGUCAGUGUAGUAAAACUAUGAUUACAGUGGAGGUAGAGGAUUUGUCUUGCGACUAAUAAACAUUCUGUCAGAACAAUGAAAUAAAUAAAUUCUUAUUUGAACGGGUACAUCGAUAUGCAUUCUUCAGAUGUCUCGUAAAUUGUCAAAAUUUAUCGAACUCCAUAUUUCCGUAUAAUAAAAGUAUAAACCAAUAAUCUUGGUAAUUCAUAAACCUAAUCGUCACAAAGCUCGUCCAUGCUCCUGGAGAUAGUAAGGAUGACUCUGUGCCUACUACAGAGGCAACAGAGCGUCUACUAACGGGGCACUAUUGUACUUUAUGCAAAAAGUCAUGGACGAUCUCACUUUUCUUCACUUUCCUUCACUUUCCUUCGUAUCAGCUGCUCGUCUAUGUACGUCUCUGAUCUGUGUGGCUCCACUCCGCUAGCAAAAUACAUAUUGACGUAUUUUGUACUCCUAAACAAAGACUCGGAUGAAAGAAUUGAGAGUAGUUGAAGAGCGAAGGUUUAAUCAAAGGAUAGAUAUAACUACUGGGUAAAUAAAUUGUUUCAUUAGAUAUGUUUCAUAAUGAGAAUAUUUUUCUAGGAUUCAAUAAAAAAUCGUGAACAAACACUUUGUGUUCCCACAACAAAAUGAUACAAAUUUCAGUAGAGUAGACCUCUCGGAUGCUUUCAAUAACAAUAAAAGAAUUUACCAAGUUCUACCUAAACUUUUCUGCAUUUUGCGAUUAUCAUCGUGGAGAGAAUUCUUUUCGAGGAAUCUAUUUAGCCAAUCCCUUGAUUUCCGAUACGGUGUAGGAUGAAAUCUUUAGGAUGGAAUUGGUUAGGAACCACCGGUGAAUGUGACGAGCGCCCUCGGUGGCUAAACUUGUCCAAAGUAAGAGGUUCGAGUAGAAAACUGACAGUCAUUUACAUAACAUUAAGCGUACAAUGUUUUUUCUUUGUUUUUUGAUUUUUUUUUCCUUUUUUUGUCUUUUUUUACAAUGUUUCCUUGCAAUCGGUUAUCUUGCAAAUAAUCGUACAAAUAUACAUAUGUAAAUCGCUGCAGCGCACAGCGUGUUUUCUUAAAGGUACCAAAAGCCACGCUGAUCCUUAAAUCAACCGACAUCAUCUUUUUUUCCUUUUUUACAAUCACGCUCUUUUUAUUCGCUACAACAAAGAGUGUCGUCGAGUACAAAUAUUCAAUGUUAUUCAUGCGCUAGUCUCUAAGGAUCCCGGAAAAUAAGUUAAAAAGAUAUGAUAUCCCUAUUUGUUUUUUUUUCCUUUUUUUAUUCUUUUAACCUCAGAAAGCGUGAAAUUGUCACUUCUACGUUUAGGAAGCUUUGAUAAAUCUCUCACAAUUCUCUCUCAUUGUGACUAUAUUCCUUCAGGCUCAACAUCAUCGAAGAAAUAAACUGUGACAUCUUUCGUGAUCGUAUAAAUUCCAUAGAGAAAUUAAAACGUUAAUUUCCCAAAAUAAAAAGAACGCUGCUUUCUACGAUACGCAUAGAAAAAGAAUCUUUAGUAGUUGCUCUUGACAACGAAUAUCGAAAUUAAUUUUUCAUUGCAUUCAACAGAAGCAUUUGAUAAGAAGCAAAAAAUAAAGGAAAAAAUUGUGAGCAAAAGAAACGAAAAUUACUGGAUGGCAAAUGGAAUAGAGCCUUGUGCUUUGCGUUCUCUGUCGAAGCUUUCGCUUUCUAGGGUUAAAUUCGACCGAAUAACAAAUACAAGAUGAAUGAGGGAAAGGAGAAAAUGAGAUAUGACUGAAUUUCUACGUUUCGAUAAUCGAUAAACGCGAUUACAAAGUAAGAUUUAUGUCGGAUCGUGACUAAAUGCUCGGACGAGAAUAUGGAAAAGAAGACAAAGAGAGAAGGAGGAAGAAAAGAAAGGGUACUUACUACAAAGUGACAUGCUUAGCGAUGCUUUUCAAGCAGUGAGUACAAACAUCUUGGAAGGAGUUCAGGAACAACGUUAAAAGGUAAAGAGAAAAAGGAAAGAGGGCGAGAAAGAAAAUCUAACAAUGUGGCUCAACGAGAAAGAGUAACGCGAAAUCUUCGAUUUGUCAUUGACACGUGCG